GGUUGGAGUUCAGUCUUUCGCAGAAUCUUCCCCUCACACUCCAUGUUGCUCUCUCUCUCUCUGAUGCCACACAACCAGAGCCCAUUCCCAUUUAUACUUUCACCCUAACUUUCCCCCUGACACUACUCUUUCGACUCCAGGAGUAAAAUCAACCACCAAGAACCAUGGUUAAAAUCUCAAUCGGGAUCCACAAUGGUAGAUCUUAAGCUGCUUAAAUUGUCUUAAUAGUCCAAAUCCUCUCAGGUGCCCCAACUUAAAUAAAUACAUAUAGUCGAGCAAAUUCCGUCUCAUCUUUCUGCUGCUAAUACUCAACUCACGAGUGAAUGUGUGCGAGUGAAGCGAGGAUAUCAUGAACUGUUUGGUUCCUUAUAAAAAAGAAACUGAAUCCUUUUUUGCCAAUUUCACAACAGACUUCCUUUGAGAGAUUAUUUUGUGACUAUUUAUGUAUUCAAGAAACCAAAAGUACACAAUUAACCAGGGAUUUUAUCAGGCUCCUCUCAACAAGGACAAGAAGCAGUCGUCUUGUUAGUAGGACUUGGAGGAGCAGUCAACAAUGAGAGUGAGGAGCGAGGUAAUCUGCAGUCAUUAUGAAGGAUUUUCCUGGUCGCUGAGGAGAAGCUGUACGGAGAAGGAUUGCGACAAUUGUGAGGAGGAAAAAGUGCUCUGAUUGUGAGAUCGGGUAGAAGAGGAUAAGUGUUUUUUUCUCCGGGGAAUGAACUUUCUCCACUCUGUCGGAACAUCUCCCAUCAAUGUUAUUGUUGCUGGUUGGAGCAAUUAGUGAUGGUGGUGAUAAGGACCCACCAUGUACAUGGAAUUAUGGCAACAAACACAAUCCUUCCUUUUUGCUGAACCAGGAUAAUUUCCUUUAUGAGAAGUUGAUGCUGUGCUCCGUGUUUCCAGCUUUACCAUAAAACUACAUACUUUCAACUCCUUCUUGACUUGAGGAGAGGAGAAAAUCUUAAGACAUUGGAUAAACCGAAAUAAAAUAAAAUAAAACCAGGAUCCCUCCGCGUCUAAUAAUAACCAAACUGCAAAUUGCGGCCGUCUUGCUUCAACAAUCAACCAGCUUUAUGAUGGGCGAAUUACAACUGAAGCGAGUAGGAAACGUGCCUUCUUUUGUAAUCGCUCGUGCAAUCCUGGGCUCGCUUUGCAUCCACUGGGGAAUGCUGAUGGUCGUCGGACUGAGGUUGGAGAAUGUGACAAUACCAAGAAGUGGAUCUGUCGGAGGCUCCGUGACACUAGGCUGUGAUUAUCAUUUAGAAUCUAACGACACCCUCCUCUCCCUCAAGUUUUACAGGGAUGAAGAUGAGUUCUUUAGAUUUUUCCCAGGAAAUAAGGAAUCCCCUAUUGCCAUUUUCAAUCAACCUGGGAUUCAUGUUGACUUGGGAGAGAGCUUCAAAGUGCUACAAAAUCGAGUAAAAUUCCGACUCAAGAACUUGGACUUUAGUUCUGGGGGGACUUAUAGAUGUGAAAUCUCUGCGGACUCUCCUUCAUUUCGCACAUUACACAUGGAGAGAAAUCUUUCCAUCAUUGCACUACCCGAAUUUCCAAAACCCGUCCUGUCUGGGUUCCCAGCGAUUGCUCAGUACGGCGACAAGAUUAGCAGUAAUUGCACGUUUGCAGAUUCCUUCCCCUCCGCAGAAAUUACAUUGUACCUAAACAACAACAAGGUAACAAACUCAGAUGAUGUAGAGCUAAUCCACUACAAGCCAUUGCAACUUGGACGAAGGCUGACAACCAUUGUGGGGGCAAAGUUCCGCAUUUCACCAAAGCAUUUCCAGUCGCGAGUUCUUCAGAUUAGAUGUGAAGCCAGGUUGUUUGAUCAAAAGUGGGAAACUCUAGUAAACAUCACUCAUCAAAAUAAUCAAGCACCAUUCCACACUGCAGGACAAAAUCGAUAUUAUGGCGGCGGCGGUUGCUGUCUUAUAAGCCUACCCAGAAUUGUAAUCACUCUUUUAACCACAACCUUGUUGCACACUUGCCAAACGGAUGUGUUUAGUUGUUUUUCGUCAUAGAUGAAUAAAUUACUUCGACUUGGACAAUGGAUAAAGAAAGAAAAAAACUUAUUUAACAACAGAAAAAUUCAUAUUUCACUUGGAUUUAUAGAUGUGUACAAUUCAUUCUUUUUUUUCUAUUUGUUACUUUGAUCCACUCAAAUUACACAUAUAUGAAUAAGCAAUUACGUAUGAGAUGAUGACGCUAUAUGCCCGACUCUGGUUGUGUAUGUAUAUUAAUUUUUGUACCUGCGGCACAACUACCGCUGUCAGGAUUUGGUAAAAAGAAAGUGUAAGACAAAUUGAAUGGAGAUUGAAUAAAGCUACCUUUUUCAUCACA